ACCUAUUCAGUGAAGACUCUUGCAGAAGAGCAGCACAGCAAAUGAUGGUGAACUCUGAGAAAGGUUUACUACACCUCACAUCCAUCUUGUUUAUUGUACAACACUUCUCACUUCUGUUUCUGGCAGUGGUUCAACUCCUGAUGGAAGAGCAAAGCGUUGUCACCGAAGUCCCAGCAGCCUUAAAGCGCCUGGCCAAAUACAUGGUGCGUGGCUUCUAUGGAGUAGAGUACUCCUUGGCCCUUGAUGUGCUGAUCCGCUACCCCUGCGUGAAAGAGGAUGACUUGUUAGAGCUGCUGAAGUACGAACGCAAACAGCUGCGUACUGUUCUCAACACGCUCAAGGCAGACAAGUUUGUGAAGCUGCGCAUGCGAGUUGAGACUGGCCCUAAUGGGAAGAGCACAAGGCACAACUACUAUUACAUCAAUUACAAGGUGCUGGUGGAUGUGAUAAAAUACAAACUGGACCACAUCCGCCGGAAGAUAGAAGCGGAUGAGCGGGAUUCGACUACCAGGUCCUCUUUUAAAUGUCCGUCUUGCUCCAGCACCUACACGGACCUGGAAGUCAAUCAGCUCUUUGAUGUAUUUACAGAGACUUUCCGCUGCACUUACUGCAACGCUGAAGUAGAGGAAGAUGCUUCAGCGCUUCCUAAGAGAGAUGCGCGGACCUUGCUAGCAAAAUUCAAUGAGCAGAUUGAACCUAUCUUUGCACUACUGCGUGAGACUGAAGAUAUUGUUCUGCCAUAUGACUUGCUGGAGCCUCAGCCAACAGAAAUCCCAGAAUUAUCAGAAAGCUUUGAUCAGAAGGUAUGUUCAAGUGUGCUGGAACCCUGUGGCAGACCUGAAAAAUGGGCCACCAGAAGUUCCUCGUUUGGCAACAUGUAUACUCAAAACUUAGUUAUUGAUGUCCAAGAUUCUGAGCCCAAGAAGAAAAAGAGAGAAAAAGCAACUAAAGAGCAACCUAUCUGGAUGUCACAGAGCACUGUGGAAGGAGCAACAACAGUCACCAACAAUACUGCUGGAGUAAAUGCUUCUGAAGAAACUGAAGAAAGUAAUAAAGAAACUAUCCCUGAGAAUGAAAUCAUCAAGACUCUUCUGAUCCAUGAAUCCAAGUCACUGUCUAGCACAGACUGUGCUCCUGUUGUCAAAAGCAAACCACCCGAAUCAGGCAGUGACACUAGCGAGGCUGAAGAUGUCAAGCACUCAAGAACAGCAUUAACAGAAGUAGGAGGCAGCAACUUUGAACAAGAGGAGGAACAGGAAACUCUAAAUCCUGUUUUAAUGGUAGCUGGUCAGCCUUACUCGUACAGUGAAGUUAGUGAAAAUCCAGAGCUUGUAUCUCUCAUGACAAAUGAAGAGAGAGAAGCUUAUAUAAAGGUAGGACAAGAAAUGUUCCAGUCUGUCUUUGAAUAA